CAUCAUCGGGGUUUGCUCAUACCGAUGAAGUCUACGAUUUCGUGCUUGAAUUAAGUUUGAGGCCUGGUGGUUUAAGACGCCCAAACAUAAGUGGUUUCUUUCGUAUGUAAUAACAGAGUUUUUGGGAACUGCACCUAGGCAAUCGGGGAAUAGUCUAAUGUUCUUGUCAAUACCAUCGCCAUGGGUCGAUUGGAAUGUCAUUUCUACUUGGCUACGAGACUGUGAUAGUGGUAUAGACCACGAAGCUUCUUGUCAUGCAGAAAAAUUCUCCUUUCCGGGAUUCCGUAUCAUCGACACAGACAAAAGAUGUGUAGUUUUCGCUCCCGAAUCCUGCAUGUAUGCAACUCUGAGCUAUGUCUGGGGGGAUAAAAGCGAUUCACUCCAGGCAACAACAAAGAAUAUCACCAGCCUUGGCGCGCAAGGCUCUUUAUCAAGCGAAAAGUUACAAUCUGCCACAAUUAAUGACGCGAUUGAUGCCUGCUGCAGUUUGCACAUCCCAUUUCUCUGGGUUGAUCGACUUUGCAUACUGCAAGACCAAGACUCUGGCCAGAAGAAAGCUCAGCUUGACGCCAUGGGUAAUAUAUACAGCGGCUCAUAUGUCACACUGGUUGCAAUGGCAGGAGAUGAUGCCACUUAUGGUCUUCCCGGGGUAAAUGAACGAAAGCGGUCCCCAACGUGGACUGGUCAGACUCAAGGACUACACCUUCUCGAGGUACCUUGGUAUUAUAAGCUUCUUAAAGGCUCGAAAUGGCAAACUCGAGGGUGGACAUGCCAAGAAGCAGUAAUGUCCCCCAGACUGCUCCUUUUAUCAGAUCAAGGGACCUUCUAUGAAUGCCGUGGUCAGAGCAGAUUUAAAAAUGAAGAUCACGGAAAUCAACAGCAAAACUUCAAACCAUCGUACUCAUUAUGCGAAUAUACCCAUCUUAUAGGAGAAUUCACGCAGAGGGACCUUUCACACAAAUCUGAUAUACUAUAUGCAAUUUCCGGAAUCCUGCACUCCAGAUACAAUCAACAGCACUUUUACGGUCUACCCUUUGAUGAAUUCAGCUCGGCUAUUCUUUGGAAGACAACAGAUGGGAAAUACCCUCCAAGGCCUCAGUGUCCAACACAGGUCUUUCCAUCUUGGUCUUGGUCCUCUAUCGACAAUGCAAUAGAGGUCGACCCUCAGUUACAAGGUUACCCGGGACAAAUUGUGGUAUCACUGUCGCAAUGGGCGAUUCCAUCCUUGACGAAUACCCAAAGUCCAUUGAACAUCCUUCGCGACACGAUAAGAUACUUUUAUAUAUCAGAGGAAGUAGCAUUGCUUUCUGUGUUAAUUGCAUGGAAAGGAGGAUGCUUUCCAGGCCGACUGCCGGAAGAGCUGAAUGUCAAGACCACAUGGGAGCAAUAUGUCACCAUUAUGCGUGAUAGAUGGUCUUGUCUCAGCGAGAUAAGUGAUGAAGCACAUGGUAUGUCUAUGGGAGUACUACCUGCACAUGAUCAAGAGUUACGAUUUCCAUAUCAUCUCCAACAAGCUUGUUACGAUGGUUGCAUCCUGGCCUAUGCCCAGUCGCGGCGUCUUCGGAUUCAAAUACCCGAGAAUCCUCAGGAUUACGUCAAGCUUUGCGAUAAAAAGGGCACAAUGAUAGCAUGGCUACAAGAAGGCACUGUUAAUUGGGAGCAUAUUCAUAAUAUUCCCCGUUGGAAUGAUGGUGCCGAAUUUGAUGUCUUGGCUGUGUCAAUACCAUCUGACAUCGAUGGCAGACCUUCCCCCAGUCAUUUGUAUAAGAAGGAAAAGCUCGCAGACUGGAAGGACUCGAAAGGAGAGCAUUUAUUCUAUGGCAACAAGGCGUCUCGGCCAUUUAUUAGACUUUUUUGGGUGAGCUUGAUGGUUGUGGAGACGAAGAAUGGCAUCAGCAAGCGUGUUGCUCUGGCAGAAUCCUUUCUGAAAGUUUGGAUUAAAGCAAAACCACGAUUCCAUACUUUUAUUCUUGGAUAGCUACACCUUACAAGACGACAAAAAUACGAAGCCGCAUUAUUCUAACAAUUAGAACUAAAACUUUAAGCGGCCUAGGGGGUGACUAUACUGUAUAUAAGUAAUCUAAUAUCUAAUUAAUACUCUUUA